GCCCAUAGGGGCGCCAACGACGUCGAGUCGGCCAGCCAGGGGUGCGUGCGCCAUGCGGUAAGUUAUUAGUAGCAAUUUUUGCGGUGGGCUACUUAAAUGAGCCUCAACCCGGCGAGCCGGCUAUCGUGCGCUUCUGAGUGGCCUUUCGAGUAGAUGCAAGCAGGACUUCACACUUCCGUUCCCUUCUCUUCCCACCCAUCUUUCGUGCUCGUGUUCUUAUUAUUGCCAUAACAUAGUAAUCGUCGCUAGCGAGUGAAUAUCUAAUACAUCCGUCUUCUCGGCCUUGCUGCUCCCAUCACGCACCCGCAUCCGCCACCCCUGACAGCCGUUCCGCACAUCGUCGACGUCGCCACCCUCGUUGUCAGCGCCAUCAUACUGAAUCACCAUCCAUCAUAACAACCAACCAUGCCUGCCAUCGAUACCCAGCUCAUAGCGCGGGAGCUCCCGCAGCUCAUCGCCCGCGAGGUAGCCCACAUGAGCAUCAUAGCGAAGCGUGAGGUGGACCACCGCGCGAUAGAGACCUUCCUAGUCGUCUUCACUUGCAUAUUCGGCAUUGGCGGGUGGAUGUACUGGAUGAUGAGGCAGAAGUAGUCGAAGAGCGCGAGGGAGAGGCCAUGCAUAUUACAGGCAGGCAGGCAAAACAGAAUCAUUUCACUCGGGGCUUUUCUCCCCCCCUUUUCUCACCGGAGGCUCCCUGGUGGGAGAUACGGUAACAGUCUUCCGGUCAUGAUGCAGCGCAUGAGAUGAGGGGAGAACGAGAGAGAGGAAGGGUGAGCGGCGCGGCACGUCGUUAACGGACACAGGAUAGCGCACCGAAAGGUCUGCCUACGACAUAUACAUAUGCAGGCCCAGGCCCACGUCCGCUUUCUCUCUCUUGCCUUACUUCCUCACUCGUUCAGGACAUACACGGAUGCACACACAUUAGAGAGAUAUACACACACACUCCCC